CAACAAAACUCCUCCACCCUGGUGUUGAUGCGUUGCUUUAUUUCAUUCCCCCUCACAGAGUGUGUGCCUGUGUUACAAGUCCAAUCUGCAGACUGCAGAUUCUGGAAAAUUCAAAGGUUGAAGCUGUCUAAUGAAGAAAUCAGACAAGCAAUCUUGAAGAUGGAUGAACAAGAAGACCUAGCAAAAGAUAUGCUUGAGCAGCUACUGAAGUUCAUUCCUGAAAAAAGCGAUACUGACCUGUUGGAGGAGCACAAACACGAAAUUGAACGCAUGGCCCGGGCGGAUCGUUUCCUCUUUGAAAUGAGCAGGAUUGACCACUAUCAGCAGCGGCUACAAGCAUUAUUCUUUAAGAAGAAGUUUCCAGAGAGGCUGGCAGAAGCAAAACCAAAAGUGGAAGCCAUUCUUCUGGCAUCCAAAGAACUCAUCCGAAGCAAGCGUCUGAGGCAGCUCUUGGAGGUAGUUCUUGCCUUUGGGAAUUAUAUGAACAAGGGCCAGAGGGGAAGCGCUUAUGGCUUCAAAGUCUCCAGCCUGAACAAAAUUGUUGACACCAAAUCCAGCAUAGACAGAAACAUUACACUCUUGCAUUACUUAAUUAUGAUCUUUGAAAAGAAUUAUCCAGAUAUCCUAGAUAUCCAAUCUGAGUUGCAGCAUCUUCCAGAAGCAGCAAAAGUCAACCUGGUUGAGCUGGAGAAGGAAGUCAACAACAUAAAGACUGGAUUGAAAGCUGUUGAAACUGAACUGGAUUACCAGAAGAGACGUAUGCAAGAAUCAGGGGACAGGUUUGUUCCCGUGAUGAGUGAUUUCAUCACUGUGGCCAGUUUCAGCUUCUCAGAGUUAGAAGACCUUCUCAAUGAGGCUAGAGACAAGUAUGCCAAGGCACUGAAGCAUUUUGGAGAGAUGGAGGGCAAGAUGCAGCCAGAUGAAUUUUUUGGCAUCUUUGACACUUUCUUACAGUCAUUUGCAGAGGCCAAGCAAGAUCUGGAGAAUAUGAGGAAGAAAAAGGAAGAGGAGGAGCGCAGGGCACGCAUGGAGGCCAUGCUAAAAGAACAGAGGGAAAAAGAGAGGCGACAAAAAAAAGCAAAAGCUGGAAGCAUCUCUGAAGAGAGUGGGGAGUUUGAUGACCUGGUGUCAGCACUGAGGUCAGGUGAAGUCUUUGACAAAGACUUAUCCAAGCUCAAGCGUAACCGCAAGCGUUCAGGGAACCAAGGCUUAGAGACAAGCCGUGAGCGGGUAGUGACAAAGCUAAAUUAUUAAUUACAAGAGGAAGAAAAAUAAUCAACCAAAAGAAGGUGAUGAAAAAGUGCAAAAGAAGGAAGAUGAAUGUGUGUGAUGGCACCUAGCUGACAGCUGCUCCAAAGGUUUUAUCUGGUCUGUUAGCUAGAGACAUUACCUUUCCAUGAUCAGCUUUCCUCUCAUCCCUCUUCUGUGCUCCUAAUUUGAACCAUUAUAAAAGUGCCUCUGUGGAUCCAGCAGGGCCUGUGACUGGGCCACACUGAGCUGUAGAUUUGCUUCUGGGAGUUUGUUGUGUCAUCAGAGGCUUCAUGGUGAUGACACAAAGUACAUGGACCUUGUAGACGGCCUCACGGCUGGAACAAGAUAAUUUUCUGUGUGCGAAAAUGAAAACCAGUCAUGAUCUCCAUCUUGCUGAUAACAAGGAAGACUAAUUUCAGACCAACUCUGUAAACAGCUAUCACUUCUUCAGCAUCUAGACUGGUCUUCAACAGUUUGUUGGGAUGUGGUUCUCAAGUUUCCAGUUCCCAUCAAGAAUUAGAUUUUAUAAGCUAUUGUUUAGCACCUGAAAAAUGCAUUUAAGCUCAUGUCCUGUAUAGUAUUUUUGUGUGGCCUACACUGUCCAAAGCAAGCAAAGCUUAGAAAGAAGUCUUCAGUUUCUGUAACAAAAGGAAAUUCAAGAAUAAGGAUCAACAUACAAUAAUUUGCAAAAGUCUUUUGGAUUCUGUGUUGCUAGAAGAAGUUUUCUGGAAUUUCUUGGUGGUUGAGUCUCAAAGCUAUUAAAUGCAUCUUCCUGGAAAGAAACUCAAUUUCCUUUAGAAAACUAAGCCACUGCCAGGUUGGGAUUACAAGUAGAUAACCGGUAGAACCUGUUGUCAUUGCUGGAGGCUAGCAGAGAAUCAGUGGAAAAUUUCUUACCUGUUUGUGAAAGAUUGGAAAUUGGGAGCUCCCUAGUAUAAUCCACAGUUCUUGAGUAGCAAACAGCAAACACAUUCACUGCCUGCCAGAAGUGAUAUUCUUUUUCCACUUGAUGCUAGCUGUGAUUGCUGCUGGCAUGAACUGGUCUCUCUGUCUAACAGCCUGGCCUCCACUGCACACCCCACUCCUGCUGAACCACGUCACUCAGUAAGAUAUGAAUGGUGUCAAAAGAGAGCCUUGGAGCAUGCUGACUUUUUCAUUUUGAAGAAAUCACUCGUGAUGAACCAAGGGAGAGCCCCAUAAUCAAAACUGAGAGUUUUUUGAGGAGGACACAGAAUUGUGUGAACCAAGCAGGCUUUAGAGUUGGGUUAAUUCAGAAGAAACAAAUAAAUUUGUAGUUAAAUUACAUUAAUUAAAUACAUAAGUAGAAAAGCAAAUAACCCAAGAAGAAACUUGAAUUCUUUGUGUCUUCAUAGUUCUAGGAAAGGGAUUGGAUUGAGUGGGCUGUCAUGGACAUUUUUUUUGCCUUUUUUUUUAUCCAACUUGUCUUUUUUUAUUACCUUCCCUGGAGAAGGAAAAGAGGAAGAGAAAGAAUGGUGAUGGAUUCUUCCUCCUAGACAGGAAGAAAAGAGAGAACACUUAUGAAGAGGGACCCACCAUUUUCAAAUUGCGGCAUUAGUCAGCACAAAAUGUCAAGGAAUCUGAGGGAAGUCAGUUUAAUCAUUUGGUUUGAUUUUUCUCUGGAUGUCACUUAACCUCAGGCUCUGCACUGAGUCUGCAGAAUAGAACUUCCUCUGCAAUGCACACUGCCUGAUCAGUAUUACACACUACAAUAUUGGAGAAGCAAAUUGUGGUGGUUUUCUGAACACUUUGAGAAUUAAAUAAUUAUGUCAGCUAUGGAGAGAAGCAAAAAAAGUCAGAUUUGUUAAACUCUGAUGUUUCAUUGUUUACUGAAUUUUGAGUCUCCCACCCCAGAAUUUCCCCAUUUAGGAUAUUCCAGACUGCCACGCCUCUGUAUAAUAUGCAUCGUAAAGAGCUGGUAUCUUACAAGAGCUGGGUGCAUUCUCCUUCCUUACUAUCCCACUCCCCUUCUGGGAUUACUUAUUAACAGCAAUGCCUAUUGCAGUGUUCACAAGCACCUUGUAGAAGAAAUACUAGUUCAUAACAGUUUUUUAAAGUUUUAGAAAAAAUCUCACUUUUUAAAGCAUUUUUAUUUUUAAUUACAAAUGGAUUUUUAGAAAUGUCUCUUGUAAAUUAUAUUAACAAGCUCCUUGCUGCUCCCUGAAGUAGACUUGCUAUAUAUCCCAGCCCUUUUGUUUGUCUUGUUUUGAAGCAUGCUUUGUAACCUAUGCCAUGUAAGCCAUAUGAGAGGUGGUAAUAUGUGCCAAAUUGGUAUACAGUUGAGUUUAGAUUUGAAUAAUCCCUGAAUUCCAAAGAUUAUGAUCUUAGGGAUUGGAACAUUGUAGGGUUUCUUCCCUCCCUCUUUGUUCUACCUGGGUUUUGGACUCACACAGAAUUUCACAUGUAGUGCCAAGAUCAGUCCUGGUGCAAGAUGAUGUGCAACUACAGCUGCCUCCUUGCUCCCCAGGUACUUGUUGAUAAGGCAGACUGUCAGUACGGCAACUGCCAGAGAAGAAACACCUCAGGGAAAACGCUUUGAAUAGAAAUACAGUAUUUCCCCUGCCCUGGUAUUUGUAAAACCAUGUUUGUGCUGUGCUUUCUUAAACUGAAGUCACUUUGCCAGGCCACAAAUGUAGCAAAAGCAGAGUGAUAAAUCCUCUGUCCCUUUGUGUACACAGUUCAGACCUGAUUUAAAGAGGUCCCGUAUGAUGGUAUGCAAUAACACUUCUGCCACACUGAGAGUCAAAGAAAGCUGCUAUAGUUUUGCCACCUCUUUAACUCAUACAUUAAUAAUGAGAGAUUGUGCAACUCCUGUAAAUCAGCUAUGGGAUCCUUAAAGGGAUGGACAGAAAGCUCAGAGUCAUGCCCUGAUUUAAUGCAGCUUGAUUUUCUCAGCAUUCCAGCGCCCCAGGCUUCCCCUGUUUUGAAUCAGCAGUGGUGGCCAAAAAACUUCCUUCAGUGUGCUGGACAGUCCCUCAGGUUCUUUACUCCAUGGUGAAAGUUCAGACAGAAGGUUCUGGAAAAGCUCAGUUGGGCUCACUGAGGCAAGCAGUGUUUUUAUACAAGUAAUGACAAGCAGAAAGGCCCAUUAAAUUAUCUACAGUAUGAGAUGAGGUUACCCACACAGAAGAUAAGGAAAAAAUUUGCUCUGCUGUAGGGCCUGGCAUCAGAUUCUUGCUCAAGUCAAGUUUGUCCAUGUUUCUCAUCUCUUGGGUACUGUGAGUACAUAUAAUACUCUCUUCUUCAGCAGUUGUGGUUGAGUUGCCAGGUGCUGAAGGAGAAUGGAAAAUCUUAUUCCUCUGUAGGUUUACGAAGCAGUCUGAUGUCUAACAUCACUGGAGAAGAGCUAAGGUCUGCUGUUGUCCUUGUACCUGUGCCUAGAACCAGCAUUUUAAUAGAAGUCACUCUGUUGUUGGAAAUAAGUGGAAAAGGAGAUGUGAGAAAGAAAGGCAUAAUUGAGGGCUUGUUCUGCUUCCUGCAGAAAUAUAGUAAUUACUGACUUCAUGAUGAAGUUCCUCACACCUAGAAGAGUUACUUUCUAACUCUUCAGAAUUUGUCUCUAGAGGUCUAGUGCUCACUCAUCUUUGUGUUUCUGCACUGUUGCUGCAUAGUUUGCAUUAGGAUGGUCCCAGAAAAGACUGAAGAAGACUCCCUCCCCCUUCCACUUGCUUUGAACUGAGUCACUCAGUCUGUUGUGGCUCUAGAAAUGCUACAAGGUAAAGUGACUUCAAGGAGCAAGACCAUUCCAUGCUCUGUAGCACAACCAUUGUCCAGGCACUAGUUCCCUAUGAGAGCAGAGGUAGAACUAAUGUUCUGAGCUGAGAGACUUCCUCACUAGGGAAUCAAUUGGAUGUCCUUCAGAAGCAUUUCUGUAAUGUGUUCACAAUGUCUGAGGAAGGAAAAGUAAUUGCAAAGGAUCCUGGUGGGAGGCUGUGGGACAGGUGUUUCCAUAAUGAUCAGCCCCACUGGCUAAAUCAUUCCUUUUCUUUAGGAAAGAUCAUAUUUUGAGCUGGGUUGCAUGGGAGAAACUUGUGUCAGGAGUUUCUGUGAGGGGACAGAUCUGUUGUACAGUAGAUGAUGUACAUGAUAUAUGCAGUUUUGUUUCUAGGUUGGUUGUUUUGGGUUUUGUCUGGUUUUUGGGGGGGUUAAAUGAUGUUUUUAAAAAACAGUUUAAGGAAUCUCUACGGGGAACCUGUAAAUCUGACACCUCUAUUUAUUUUGCCAUAUUUUAGUUUGCUAUGUUUGUAUGUAUACACUGCAUUACAGCAAAGACUAUUGAGACUGUGCCAGGGCAUUACACCAGCUAGAGAGCUGGCUUGGCUCCUGUGCCAGCUGAGUCAGGCCAGGGGAUGCAGGUGAGCAGUCUUGGUGUGGGAAAGGAGGGAAGAAAAAAAACCUUUUGUUGUAAUUAGUCUGCCCCUGGUGAUCCUGGUUCUGGGAAAGCACUCAUUUUAAAGCUUGUGGUGAACUGAUGAAGGCUGGUUAUUUUAGAACACUUUCUACAAAAGAUGUUUGUUUUUUAUCAUGCGUCAUGGUGAGAAGAUUGAAAAGGGUUAAGUUGCUCGCUCAAAUUUCACCCUUCCACACAAAUUCGGUCCAUAAUUCCAGAGAAGCUUGGCUAGAUGACCAAAAGUGGUUCGUGCCCUGUAACUUCUCACCAGAUUUAACACACUAGGGAGACAAACUGGGGCAGUUCUCCUUCCUCAGAGCAAAUAUUCCUCCCUGUCUUCAUGGCCAAAGAAAGAUUUCAUCUAUUUUACCACUUUCCUCCUACAGCCCACCUCCCCAGGUUACCCCAGGUAAGCAAAAUCUUUCUACUGGUUGAUUUAUUACUCAUAGAGUCUCUGGCAAUCACAAAGUGUUUGGCCAUGGCUCCUCAGCUUCUGUACUUGACACAAGAGAUUUCUGAUUGCCUGUCAUCCAAACAGGUAGUCUCUGUUGGCCAUUCUAGUUUCUCUUAUAGAGGUAGAACCUGGAUAAUACCAUUUGGCCAACUAAAAAUAUAGAAUUCAUAUAUUUAUUUAUAUAAUGUAUAGAAAAAGCUAUCUGCUAAUCUAAGUAGUAGUUCUGGUGAAGAGCACUCACUGAAGUUGGCCAGAUUUGCUCACUGUUCCUGCUGAGAAGGAUGCCAUGAGUCUAGCAUCGUGUUCUGACACCUCAUUUCAUUAAAGAGUCUAGGUGGUUCCAAACCAGAGUCUUCUGUUAUGGGCGGUAGUGUAGAAUUGAUCCACAGUUCAUGUUGCUCUGGUUUUACAUCAGCAUAAUUAAAAGUAGGAUCUGGAUUAAAAUUCUCCUUUAGACAGAUUUGUCUGUUUACAAGAUGUUCUCAUGUAGGGCUUGAUCCUUUCAGCAUCCCCCACUAGGAGCUCUGAGCCAAGUGAUCUAAAAAAGCCUCUCUGACAAGCCAUUUCCCCCCUUCCUGCUCACCUUCAAACAGGCUCUUUAAAGCCUUUAAAGUUUUUAGAAUUGCGAGGUAAUGUUUGGUACCUGAGCCACUCUGUGCUCAAUGCCUCCCUUCCAAGUCAUCCCCACCUGCAGCUGUCCUGCUCCCCUGCAAGCCUGCUCAGCUUGAAAUUCUCUUUGGGAGGUGGCCCUAUCUGCCAAGCUAGAAAGUACAGUGCUGCUUACUGAAGUGGGAGGUUGUGUGCUGUUGUAAUGCCUUUGGCCUAUCCUCAUUUCUUAGUCAGUUUAAGACUAUAAGUGAAUUAAAUGUACAAAUCCUGUAGUGUCCUUUUAAUCUGUAUCUUUUUAUAAGAAUAUACUGUAAUACUAAAAAAAAA